AUGGAGCAGAAAGCAUAUGUGUUCAAUAUUUUGGAUGAUUGGGAUAGCGUGACCGACCACCUAUGUUCUGACAUUAAUGUAUUUCCCUUCUUAACAGAUUGGGUUGAAGUUGCCAAUGAUCUUUUAAGGAGCUGUCACAUAAAGCAGCAGAUAAAGCAUCUCUCAGAAUGUGGUGCUGAUGUGUUUGUUCGUCUUUAUGAGUCAAUCUUAGGAGAAAAAGUACCAGAUUUCAUAGCUUCUCCUAGAAGCCAAGAGGAUGAUGCACAUAAUGUACAAGCAGUGAUAGAUUCCCUGGCUUUGGACUAUUUGCAGGUCAGCUUGUCACACAUCACUGGUGAGAACAUUGUGAAAGGAGAAAGGAAAUCUAUCAGAAACCUCCUGGAAAUAUUUGAUGGUUUGUUAGAGUACCUUACAGAAGAAGUGAGUGAAUCGUCUUCUCAGAAUGGAGAUGAGGCCAAUGUGCUAUCCAAUAAUGAAAUUCAAAUUGCAUCUCAAGAGCGGCUGGAGAGCAAUGAGGGUCAACUUAGACAACCUUCUAUAUUCUCAUCAGUUGAAGGGUCCCAGUCAGAAUUUUUUGUUCCAUCUUGUGAUGUAGAUGGAUCAGAAUCUACCAGUGAAUUAAUUAGACUUGGAGAUACUGCUCAUUCAUUUUCCAAGAGAGAGGAAGAAUUGCAGUUGCCUCAAUUGUUACCAGCAGAAAAGGACAAGGGGGUGGAAGGAUCUAAAAACUCAGAGGCUAUUGCAACAUUACCUAGACAGUUCUCUGAAACUCAAAGGGCAAUUGUAAAGGAAAAGGAAGAUGGAUCAGUGGAGUCUGUUCAUACUACUGAACUUCAAAAAGAGAGUUUGAGCGCCAGUGCUACAAAACUUGGGGAGCCUAUACAGCAAGCUAUUCCUUUGCUACCACCAUUUCAGCCUUCGGAAGCCAGACCUUAUCCUGUAUGGAGAGAUUAUCAGAGCUCAGCCAGCCAGUUGGCAACUUUGGCUAGCAGUCAAGGAGUGAAAAUUCCUAUGCUUGAAAAGUCGCUUACACAAAAAUCUGAAGAUGUUUCUGGUAGUCUUCCUCUAUCAAGGAGGAUCCCUGUGGGAGAUGAGGUGGUAUCAAAUGAUGCUGAGGAUAAUGUGGCAAAGGUUCCUCAGGUAUAUAGGACUUCUACAUCUGCUUCCUCUUUACAACAAAAACUCCCAGUACAUGCUGAACAAGUAACACAAACUCCAAGACCCGAAUCUAGAUAUCUACCUAGAAAGAAAAGAUAUGAAAAUUCUACCACAGAUUCACUUGAAGAGUCUCUUUCCCACAGAGCAACAAAGGAAAAGCUAUCGGAGCAAGAACUCCAUAAAGUGUCAGAAAAACUCUCUCGCAGGUUAAAUGAACUCGAUUUAAUGUUGGAGAGAGCUCUGGGCGGGCAGACCAGAGAGGAAGAGUCGACGGAUGAAGACAGCCUGUCGCAGCACAGUGACAGUGUCAUGGAUUAUCGCCGAAGGAAAGCUGAGCGAGACACACCACACCAAAGGUACCCAAGCAGGCCACGAUCCCUUUCUCCAUCGUCACCCUCAUCUCACCAUCAACUCUUUUCUGAGUUGGAAGAUAAACUCGGCAGUAAUGGAACAGGCCAAAUAAGGGAAAUACGUAGCCAGUUGCAAAAAGAAAGGGAUGAAAGAACAAAAAAAGCAAAGAUGGUUGCUAAAGCCUAUGAAGAUGAACUAAGAAUUUAUGAAACUAGGGAGAGGCUUAGACUUUCCAGGCUCAGAGCAGUCAUCAAGCAAAUGGAACAAGAAUUCAAAGAAAACAUCUUUAAAGAACCUCCAAAAAUGCCUCAGCCAGUGAAAGUUUAUUCUAGAAAAACCACACCUCGGAAUCCCAAAUACAGCCAGUGGAUUCCAAAACGAGGGACUGUGAAGCCAAAGAAAGCAGCUCCAAUGAAAGUAAGAGAUGAUGACCUCCUAUUUCAGCUACUGGAAGAGUUUCCCCACCUGCACAUUUCCCACCAUACCAUGAAUAAAAUGUGGCAGCAGCAGCUUGCACAUACUGAACAACUUAAGGCACCUUCUGGCAGAACUAGACCAAAACUCCAAAAUGAAGUUCAACAAGCCCUGAAGAAGCAUGAGCUUCUUGUUGCAAUUAUUAGAAAAGAUCAAGACCAUAACAAGAGACUGCAAGAAUUUAAGCAACGUAUCUGCCGACAGAAAUGGGCUCAGAAUAGAGUGAGAGAGAAACGCCAGCAAAUUGCUCGAGCCAGGAAAUAUUAUGAAGAUUACCGGGUUCAGCUGCGUGCCAAGAUGAUGCGGGCUAGGACACGGGAAGAAAGGAUAUUUAAAAACUUAUUUGAAGAAGGCUUGGAAAUUCAGAAGCAAAGACUGAAGGACCUGAGAGCAUACGCUCAAGAGAAGCGUGCUGAGCAAAGGAGAGAGCAUCAGAAUGAGCUGGAGUCUAUGGAGAACUAUUACAAAGAUCAGUUUUCCAUGCUAGCAGAAGCUUUGUCUCAAGAACGCCAAGAAACACAGAGCAGAGAGAAAGCACAAGCACAAAUGCUACAGAAAACAAAAAGAGAAUUGAGAAUGAGGAUGGAAAAGGAAAUACAGCAACUGCAAGCAGCGAUAGUGCAAAGUGAUGAUGACACCUUUUUUCAAGAACUAGAAGCAGACAGACUGAAAUCUAGACUUCAGAUGGCUUCCUUUCAGUAUAGCAAAAGCCAGUUCUUGUAA